AUGAAAAGAAUAACGGACAAGAAUGGUGUUUCGAAAUCAAUUAAAUCACUCAACUUUUCUUUCCUUCCUACUUUCUUUCUUUCUUUUUUUCUUUCUUUCUUUCUUUCUUUCUUUCUUUCUUUCUUAUCCUUGCAUCUUUUUUCAUUUGUUUAUUUUUUCUUUCUUAAUCUCUGUUUUUUUUAUCCUUUUUUUCAUUCUUUUAUCUGUUCCGUUCAAGUCAUUUUAAACUUUCUCUUACAUCUUUUUCGCAUUUCUUUCAUUUUUUUCAUCUUUUUCGCUUGCUUUUUUUAUCAUUCUUCUUUCUUUCUUUCUUUCUUUCUUUCUUUCUUGCUUAAUUUUCUUUCGGGGUUUCUUUUAUGUUUUGAUAUUAUUCUUCCUUCGUGUUCUCAUUACUUUUCUUAUUUACAUUUUUCUUUCUUUAUUUCUUUAUUUCCUUCGUUCUUUCUUUCUUUAUUUAUUUAUUUAUUAUCCCUGUAUAUUAUUCAUUGUUUUUUUUCCUUUUUUUUUAUUCUUUCUUUUUUAUCCAAAAUAUUCAAGUCAUUUAAAAACUUCUUUUCUCUUAUUUCUUUUUUGUUUAAUCUUCUUUCUUUCUUUCUUUCUUUCUUACUUUCUCUUUUUCUUUCUUCCUUUCUUUCUUUCUGUCUUUCUUUCUCUCUUUCUUUCUUCCUUUCUCUCUUUCUUUCUUCCUUUCUGUCUUUCUUUCUUUCUUUCUUUCUUUCUUUAAUGUUAACACUCUUCUCUCUUAUGCAUUACGAGAAUUUUUCUUUCGAGCCUUCUUUUAUGUUUUUUCGGGCCUUCAUUCAUUUUGUCAUAUUUUUUUCUUCUUUCUUUCUUUCUUUCUUUCUUUCUUUCUUUCUUUCUUUCGUUCUUUCCUUUUCCUUUAUUUCUUUCUUUUUUUAUAAUUUUAUAAUUUUCAUCUUUUCUUUUUUUAUCCUUUUCCUUUUUCAUGAUUUUUUUAUUCUUUUAUCCAUUUCCGUUAAAGACAUUUUAAAAUUUUCUUUCUCUUAUUUAUUUCUCCCUUUCUUUCUUCUGAGUCUUAUCUUUCACAUUCUUCCCUUUCUUUAUUCUUUCUUUCAUUCAUUCUUUUCUACUUGUAAGACGUCAUUUCUCCAUUUAUUUCUCUUUCCGAUAAUCUCACCAUUUCGUUAA